GAAUGAAUGAAUGAAGGGGCUUUCAAGCUGUUAUGUGAUGCAGCUUCCGAAAAUGUCCCAGUGUCUCAUUACAGCUGUAUUUAUAUCAUGCAUGUAUAUAUGUGAGUGUGUGUGCACAGGGGUGGAGUUAGUUAGAUUGGAGUGGGGUCUCUUUCUGGAGUGUCAGUUUGUCUUUGCACUGUUCUUGUGUGUGAUUCUGUCUGGCCCCGUACCCAUCCCUGGCCCUCUAGCCCUAGUUUCGCGCCUGUGUGAAAGAGAUGGAAAAGAAAGGUGAUCUCAUGCUUGGGGUCGAGGAUGAGUCCGGGCAGCCUGUCUCGGCCCUCUCCAUUCUAUCUCUGCUGGAACGUGUGUCUACCAUCAUCGAUGGCGUCCAGGCGAGCCAGCAGCGCAUGGAGGAACGCCAGCAGCAGCUCGAAAGCUCGGUCAGCGCCGUCCAGUCAGAGUUGCUCAAAUUGACUCGCGAACAUGGUGCCACAGCGACCACUGUUGAGAAACUUCUCCAGAAAGCCCGUCGUGUAAGCACACAUGUUAAAGAAGUGCGUUCACGCGUGGAGAAACAGAACGUGCGUGUGAAGAAGGUGGAAACGACGCAGGAUGAGCUGCUUACUCGCAACAAGUUCAGAGUUGUCAUCUACCAGGGUGAAACUGAAGUUCCCUCUGUUGCUGUCACCAAGACCCCCAAAGGGGAAGGGCUUGCUAACCUAGAGGUGGAGCCAGACGAAUAUGACAUCCCCGCUGAUUUAUCAUCUGAUGAAGAGUACAUGGUGGUAGAUGAGGGGGAGUCAUCCCGUGGGGCACGUCUAAAACAGUCAGGGUUAAAGGGUCUCGAGAACAUCAAAUCGGCGUUCUCCAAAGAGGGCAUGAGCAAAACACGUGAGAAGACCAGAGAGAAUCUUAGCAAAACCAAGGAGAGCCUGAGUAAAACAGGCCAAACGCUCGGAACCAAAAUCAACACCUUCGGUGAGAAGGUCGUGCCGCAUGAACAACGAGAGAAAAUACGUCAGAGCAGUGAGCGGCUUAAGGAUAACAUCGCUAAGAAAGCACCCAGUAAAGAAUCGUUCCGCAUCAAACUGAAGAAGGAACGCACUGUCGCUGAGGGCCAAGAGGGAGCAGAGGAGGAGCCUGCUGUGACUCCACCCAAAGGCAGGAAGUCAAGCCCAGACGUGACCUACACAGAGGUGGUUACUGAGAGCAAGAGGGAGGGUCCAAUAUCAGAGGAAGGAGCAACUCGCAUCCAAGAGGACUGAUAUGGGAAAUUCACGAGUGAAAAGAAGAAUACGAGAAAGUGAAAAAGAAAAAGUAGUUUGUGAUUAGUAAAAGGAAGAAAUCAUUUUCAUAUAAUGUUUCCACACAGUAAAUGAAAUAAAUUUUGCAACACUAAAUGUGUUUGUAUCAUU